ACAAUCUCACAAUCAUCAGGAAAUAUUGUCAAAAUUUUGGACAAUAUAAGUAGUUUAACUUCAACAGUACAUCAAUUUUUGAUCAAGAAAUGGAGGCAAAUGUGCUAAAACUUGCUACACAGAAUGCUGUGGUGAUCUUCAGCAAGAGCACUUGCUGCAUGUGCCACGCCAUCAAACGCCUCUUUUACGAGCAAGGUGUGAAUCCAACGGUGUACGAGCUAGACGAGCAGAGGCAUGGGAGGGAGAUGGAGCAGGCCCUCAAGAGGCUAGGCUGCACUCCAUCCGUUCCAGCAGUUUUUGUAGGUGGAAAGUUCGUUGGAACAGCUCACGAUGUGCUCACUCUUCAGCUCGAUGGAUCACUCAAGAAGAUGCUCAAAGCUGCAGGAGCUCUCUGGCUGUGAUCUUCGUCGUGUAUAAUCAAAGAAAGAAACAUUGUUGGAUCAAACAAGGCCAACUUUGUGAAAACUGUACUUAUUGCUCUAGUUUUUUUUUUCCCUUUUCAAAACAUGAGUUUGAAUGGUGAAGCAUAGAGCUCAGUUUUAUUCAUGAGCUUGAUGUAUUGUAGCUUCUCUUAACUCAUCACUCUUUGUAACUUUCUACCUCAAUGGGAACUUUUCUGUGUUAGUAUA